GCUCGCCGGGAGCCGCGGAGUCGAACCUGAAUGAAAGUGGCGCGCCGCCGAGGACCCGGGUGGAGCCGCUGCCGUUGGGGAGGAUCCGGGCUGGCUUGCUGAGGAGCGGUCGGCGAGGCGGCAGAGACAUGGCUUACAACAAGAUCCCGCCACGGUGGCUGAACUGUCCGCGGCGCGGCCAGCCGGUGGCAGGAAGAUUCUUACCUCUGAAGACGAUGCUGGGGCCAAGAUAUGAUAGUCAAGUUGCUGAAGAAAACCGGUUCCAUCCCAGUAUGCUCUCAAAUUAUUUAAAGAGCCUGAAGGUUAAAAUGAGCUUGUUGGUGGAUCUGACAAAUACUUCAAGGUUCUAUGACAGAAAUGACAUAGAAAAAGAAGGAAUCAAGUAUAUCAAACUUCAGUGUAAAGGACAUGGUGAAUGCCCCACCACUGAGAAUACUGAGACAUUCAUCCGCCUGUGUGAGAGGUUUAAUGAAAGAAGCCCACCUGAACUUAUAGGUGUUCACUGCACCCAUGGCUUCAACCGUACUGGUUUCCUUAUCUGUGCCUUUUUGGUGGAAAAAAUGGAUUGGAGUAUUGAAGCAGCAGUUGCUACAUUUGCCCAAGCCAGACCACCAGGAAUCUACAAGGGUGAUUAUUUGAAGGAACUUUUUCGUCGCUAUGGAGAUAUAGAAGAAGCACCACCACCACCUGUAUUGCCAGAUUGGUGUUUUGAAGAUGAUGAUGAAGAAGAUGAGGAUGAAGAUGGAAAAAAGGACUCAGAACCAGGGUCAAGUGCAUCCUUUAGUAAAAGGAGAAAAGAACGGUUAAAACUGGGAGCUAUUUUCUUGGAAGGCAUAACUGUUAAAGGUGUAACUCAAGUAACAACUCAACCCAAGUUAGGAGAGGUACAACAGAAAUGUCAUCAGUUCUGUGGCUGGGAAGGGUCUGGGUUCCCUGGAGCACAGCCUGUCUCCAUGGACAAGCAAAACAUUAGACUUUUAGAGCAGAAGCCAUAUAAAGUAAGCUGGAAAGCAGAUGGCACGCGUUAUAUGAUGUUGAUUGAUGGCACAAAUGAAGUUUUUAUGAUUGACAGAGAUAAUUCCGUUUUUCAUGUUUCAAAUCUGGAAUUCCCAUUUCGUAAAGAUCUUCGCAUGCAUUUAUCAAAUACUCUUUUGGAUGGGGAAAUGAUCAUUGACAAAGUAAAUGGACAGGCCGUCCCAAGAUAUUUGAUCUAUGACAUAAUUAAGUUCAAUGCACAACCAGUUGGAGACUGUGAUUUUAAUAUUCGUCUACAGUGCAUUGAACGUGAAAUUAUAAGUCCACGACAUGAAAAAAUGAAGACUGGACUCAUUGACAAAACACAGGAACCAUUUAGUGUCAGACCUAAACAAUUUUUUGACAUCAAUAUUUCAAGAAAGCUUCUGGAAGGAAAUUUUGCCAAAGAAGUCAGCCAUGAAAUGGAUGGACUUAUUUUUCAGCCUAUUGGAAAAUACAAGCCUGGUCGAUGUGAUGACAUUUUGAAGUGGAAACCUCCCAGUCUAAACUCUGUGGAUUUUCGACUUAAGAUAACAAGAAUGGGAGGAGAAGGGUUGCUUCCACAGAAUGUUGGCCUUCUCUAUGUUGGAGGUUAUGAAAGACCCUUUGCACAAAUCAAGGUGACAAAAGAACUAAAACAGUAUGACAACAAAAUUAUAGAAUGCAAAUUUGAGAACAAUAGCUGGGUCUUCAUGAGACAGAGGAUAGACAAAAGUUUCCCAAAUGCCUACAACACAGCCAUGGCUGUGUGCAACAGCAUCUCGAACCCGGUCACCAAGGAGAUGCUGUUUGGGUUCAUUGACAGAUGUGCAGCAGCCGCCCAGGGGCAGAAGCGAAAGUAUCCCCUGGACCCUGACACGGAGCUCAUGCCGCCCCCACCGCCCAAAAGACUGCCUCGGCCAACCUAGUCCCCGCCUCUGAGAGGGAGACAGUGUGGCUUCGUACUGGUACACGUGGUUUAAGGGAAGACAUAGUCAGCCUGUAUCUAGUUGGUACAUUUGUUUCCUUGGAACUACAGUACAUCAUGGACCUAAAUAUUUUAUUUAUACCUGGUAAAUUCAGCCUUACCCUGUGGAGUCUACAGAUUGAAAUAUCCAAAGGUUUAAAUCAGAUUGAAGUUAAUGAAACAGAGGCCUUGUUUGUAUGUGAAUAGAUACCUUUACAUUUGAUUCAUAACUAGCAAUCUGAAGCUGUAAGCAUAUUGAGUUUUUUAAAAGUUGGAUUUUAAGUUUCCCUCUUUAAAAUGUGGGCACUGGCAUUAGAAAUUUUCUCACUAACUUAUCAUGGAUUUCUUAUAUUUCUCAAUUUUUUAUAUUCUGAGCAAUGACAAGGUCAAGUAUUAUGUACAUUAAACAGUUUGGUCUGGCUAUACCAUUUUAAGAAGUUCUUCUGUUUCUGUUUCUGUGUGAGUGGGGGGUAAAAACAGUAAUGUAGCUCCAUUUUCUUGUGAAUUGUAUCCUUUCUUUAGAAACUAUUUUGAGCAUUUUACUAUGUCUUUUGUUUGAACCAUGGCGUCAGCUGUCUGGGGUUCCCAUCCUGGCAGUGGUUUUGAGUUCCUUUGUGGCACUUCCCUUAGAACCCCAGGUCCUUUAUGUGAUGCUGUCUGGAGCCUUGCUUCUUUCAGGCAGCAGGGCUCCUCCUGUUUACCAACUCAACUGUGAUCUCUGGGAGCAGCAGCAAGCACAACCGCUCUUGUGUUAUUUUCCUUAAACAGCGCGUCAGACACGGUGGCAGCUUUGCCUAGAAGUUACUGUCAGCUGAACAAAGUGUUGUCUAGGAAAUGCUGGCCUCCCACUGGACAGACUCAGAGGCAUUGCUGACUGGUCGUGGAGGACGUGAAGAUGUUGCUCCCAUUGCUCCGGCUGCACCUGUACUUGGAGGUGUACUCUGCUCCUGAGCUGCACCUCAGUGUUUACUCUAGACAGUAGGUUAAAGGCAGCUCAUGGUCCUUGCCAUUGUAAAACUUGCUCUGAUUGGCUUUUGAAGGAAUUCAGAAUUAGCUACUAGCAAGCAGCUUACUUAAUGUAUUUAUUUUUAGAGACACAGGUUUUAAGUAUAUGUAUUUAAAACAAAUGUUCAUGAUCUGUAUUUUAUAUAUGUAUAAGCAUAUCUGAAAGUAUAUGCAACAGUGUAUAUUCUUAUAUUGAUACAGCCAGAAAUGAAAACCCAAAUGCUUUACCUAGCAGGCCGAGGAUCUGAUGGAAUUUUUAUUUGGCAAAGCACAGAUUAACCAAAACUGUGUUUAUAUGAACCGAGUUUUAAUGUUUUUAAAGGAACUUUACAUCUGCAGUGCUUUUCUAUAUGGAGCACUGGAGCUGUGCCUAGACUUAUGGCUCAUGCCGCUGUUGUUCCAAGUUAGGUAUUAUGUUAGCAAGGUUAGUCAAAAUGUCAUAAUCAUUUUUUUCUUAGGUUUCUUUUGUAAAUUUGGGCACUGAAGGGAUUUGAACACCUGAUUACUACAGGACUGUUGAGGGGAAAUUGUCAAGGUUCCUUCUGUCGUUUAUAUGGUGGAUCCAGAACUGCCUGUGGACUCCAGGCAAUCUAUGGCCUGCUCCCAAGCCGAUGCAAAAGGAGAGUCCUUUUGAAGAUACAGUAAGAUGCUUUGUCAGUGAUCACUGAUAGAAUUAAAAUGUUAUGGUAACGUUAACCUUUCAAAUGAUUUUUAUGAAAAAAGCAUUAUAUGGGACUUGUUUUUUCAGCUUAUCCUUUCCUUUCAAUUGUGGUGACAUAAUCAUUGACCUUAAAAGCAGACCCCAUGUAGUCCCCAACCACAUCACCUCCUGAAGUAUCCUUACAGCCACUUAGGCUUUUGGAUGAAAGUAGGAUUUGGAGAUCUUGAAAGAAAACUUCCCUUCUCGGCUCAUGUUACAACAGCUGUUUUCUUUAGCUGAUAUUUUCUAGACAAGAAUAAGAAGACUGUUUCCCUGAGUUAUCGCAUGUGAAAGCUUGCUUUUUGUUUGGGGAAAAAAAAAAAAACUAUGGAUGACUCCUGUCUAGAUGGUCACUUUGCUUUCCACGAAAUGCUCAGAAAUGCCAGAACAUUCCUUCUCUAAUUGUGUC